UGUGAAAUUGGUAAAUAAAUAUAAAAUGAUUUUAAAACUAAUUAGAAAGGGUUACAUUCAAAAAGUACAUUACUGUACAAAUACGUCCAAAAAGAAACUAUACUCAAACACCGUGUUAUUACCAAAAACCAGUUUUCCGUUGAGAUUGGAAAAUAAUAAAUUACUUGAAAGAGAUGAAAAACUGAACAAGGUGACAAACUCUGAGGAUUUCUAUAAAUGGCAAAUGGACAAUUUAUCAAAUAAAGAAUAUAUACUACAUGAUGGUCCCCCUUAUGCAAAUGGUGAUUUACACAUGGGACAUGCCUUGAAUAAAAUAUUAAAAGACACAAUUCUAAGAUACAAUAUAUUAAAAGGGAACAAAAUCCAUUACAUACCUGGUUGGGACUGCCAUGGGUUACCUAUAGAACUAAAAGCUUUAUCAAACUCAAAAAAAUUGGACCCUAUUCAAAUUAGAAAGAAAGCUCAAGAAUUUGCUGUAAAAACUGUGGAGAAACAAAUGAAUACUUUUAAAUCAUGGGGUAUAUUGGGAGAUUGGACAAAUCAUUAUAGAACUUUGAGUCCAGAAUAUGUUAAAAAUGAACUGAGAAUGUUUUACAACAUGUAUGAUAAAGGUUUAAUAUACAGAGAUGUUAAACCUAUAUAUUGGUCUCCCUCUUCAGGGACUGCUCUAGCAGAAGCUGAACUGGAGUACAAUGAACAGCAUACAAGUAAAUCUGUAUAUGUCCAAGUGGAAGUGAAAAGCAUUCCCAAUUUCAAUUUCCUUGAUGACAAAAAGAUAUUUGCAGUGAUCUGGACAACAACACCCUGGACCCUACCAUCAAAUCAAGCAAUCAGUUACAACGAAAAAUUACGUUACGCUUUCGUUAAAAGAUCAGACUACAGUGACCCAAAUAUAUACAUUGUAGCAAAUGAUUUAUUGAAUUCAUUCCUAGCAAUCAUGAAUUGCAAAUGCCAAGUUCUUGGUGUGCAUCCAGGCAAUGUUUUGGCUGGCGCCACAUACGUUCACCCAGUCUACAAAUCAAAAGAGGGCACGUUUGUACACGCGGAUCACGUUAGCGCUAGUAAAGGCACUGGUUUGGUGCACACAGCACCAGCUCAUGGACAUGAUGAUUUUUUGGUUGCUCUCAAACACAAAAUUCCUAUUUUAGACUUGGUGGAUGAAAAUGGAGUAUAUAAGCAAGAAGCUGGAGAUCAGUAUGCUGGAAAAAGUAUAUUUGAUACUGGAUUAGAUGCAGUUCUGGAAACUAUUAAGGAAAAUAUUUUGAAAUCUGAAGGUUUUGUUCAUAGUUAUCCUUAUGAUUGGAGAACUAAAAAACCUGUGAUAAUAAGAGCUAGUCAACAGUGGUUUAUAAAUACUGAUAAUUUAAAGGAUAAAGCUAUUGAAGUGUUGAAUGAUGUCAAUAUAAUUCCAAAAACAAAAUCUGAAAUGUAUAAAAGCAAUUUAGUGAAUCAAAUAAAAAGACGUCCUUAUUGGUGUAUUUCAAGGCAAAGAAAAUGGGGCGUUCCUAUUCCAGUUUUCUAUGAGAAGGGUACAAAGAAUGUUAUAAUAAAUGAGGAUACAAUAAACCAUUACUGCAGUCUUAUAGACAAACAUGGGACUGAUUUCUGGUGGCAACUUAAUACAGAAGAAUUAUUGCCAGAAAACAACAAAAUAAAUUCUGAGAAAGUGGAAAAAGGAGAGGAUAUUUUAGAUAUAUGGUUUGAUAGUGGAAUAACAUGGUCCAAAGUAGUGGAGGAUUACAAAGUGGCAGAUAUGUACUUGGAAGGAGUGGAUCAAUUAACAGGCUGGUUCCAGUCAUCUCUUUUGACAUCAGUUGCAAUAAGAAAUAAGGCACCAUACAAGAAUUUAUACGUGCACGGAUUUGUGGUCGACGAAAAUGGUAACAAAAUGUCGAAAUCAUUGGGAAACGUUGUAGACCCUACUGAAAUAGUCAAAGGAGGUAAAAAGAUUAAACCCUAUGGCGUUGAUGUUCUAAGGUGGUGGGUGGCAUGUCAUGGAAAUCAAGACUCAAUGGCCCACGUUUCCAGUAAUAUUUUAAAAUCUUGUCAAGAAGAAAUUCAUAAAGUUAGAAGUGUCUUGCGCUUCGCGUUAGGCGCUUUGAAUGAUUACGACUAUAUUCCUGUUGACUAUAAUAAUUUAUUAUUGGUGGAUAAAUAUAUGCUGCAUUUGUUGCAUCAGUUUCAUUCACAAGUCAAAGAAUAUUCGAACGAUUAUCAAUUUCACAAAAUUUGUUUUUCCGUUUUAAAUCUCCUUACAACUCCUGUAUCGGCGCUUUAUUAUACUUCGAUAAAAGAUCGAUUGUAUUGUGACUUUUCCAAUAGCAUAACUAGACGAUCCGCACAGUAUGUCCUUUUCCAAAUAUUCGAGAUAAUUUCGCAAUCUAUUGCUCCAAUUGUGCCUCAUCUAGCCGAAGAAAUGUUCAUGACUUUACCUCAGCAGACAGACAGUUAUUUUAAAACAUCUCAUAGUCAACCUCAGGAAUAUUGGAAAAAUGAAAAAAUUGGAAAAACCAUGGAUGUUGUACUGAAAAUCAAGAAGGAAAUAAACCGAAAGUUGCCCUUGAAUACGAUCAGCAGUGAAGUAAAUAUUAAACUGCCCUUGUCUUUACUUGAGACUAUUAAGGAAACUGUUUCAUUUGAGGAUUGCGAAAGAGAAUUCGUUGACAUUUUCCAAGUGGCUGCUGUUAAACUAGAAGCCACUGACGUCAAUGAAAUAGAAGUGAAUGUUAAUGAUAGUAAAUAUCAUGCUUGUCCUAGGUGUAGAAAAGUACAAGCCUUGUCAGCAGACGCACUUUGUAAAAGAUGUAACGAUGUUGUAAAUAUUGACGAUAAUAAAACAGCACUAGCAAAUUAAA